UUUCAGUUCGCACUUUCCUCCCUCAAAAAACAACGAACACUCACCCCCUCAAAAGGCAUAAAAACAAUGGAGGCCACGAUCGCCGCAGCUCAACGGCAAGGCUACACCUCAGCAGUGAAGCAAGUGAUGAAGACGAACUUCACCUCGGCGCUUGAAGAGAUAAAGGCCCAUAUCAAUCAGUCCGAUUUCAUCGCCGUCUCCUCUCAAAAAACUGGCGAUUUCUUCUCUUCUUCAUCUUCAUGGCGGCGCGUGCUUCCUAUUGAUACUCCUGAAGUUGCGUAUCUCAAGUCUAAGGUGUCCGCUGAUAAUUUCCAGCUUUUCCAGUUUGCAGUCUGCCCUUUUUCCAUUCAGGGGUCUAAAGUCCUCGCCUCCCCCUACAACUUUCAUUUAUUUCCAAGGGAUGAGCUAGGUUUGGGCAUGCCUUCCUAUAGCUUCUCGUGCCAAACUUCAUUCCUGACUUCCAUGGCUCAAGAAGGUUUUGACUUUAAUGCAUGCAUUUAUGAUGGAAUAUCAUAUUUGUCUAGAGUACAAGAAUCAAAAGCAAAAGAGAGAAAUCCUGUUCCUCGAAUGCAUCCAAUUUCAUCCUCCUUUAAUCCAUCGGUUGCUGAUUCGCUUUUCAUGGGAAGAAUCAAGUCAAGAAUUGAGCACUGGAGAAGCGCCUGCAAAAACAAAGACAGUGUUGCUGAUGGUUCUCUUGUAAAAUCUUUGAGAAAACUAAUUUUAGGCGAUGAACUCUAUGGUUCAAGACCAUGCAUGAAUAUCGAGGUCUGCAGUGAUCGUCAAGUGCAGUUGACACUAGAGAUAGUUAACAAGAUAGGUGAUGACCUUGUGCCUUUAGUUGUUCCAGAGAAAUGUGGAGCGCCCAAGGCAGUACGUGUGGUGCUGACUAGUUCAGAUGAGGACAAAAUUCUUCUCAUGAGUGAUAUUGAAAAUGUUGAAGAUGAGCAGAACCUAAAGGUUCGUGGGUUCCGAGAAGUGAUAGACCUGGUUUCCAGAUCUCAGAAACCAAUCAUUGCAUACAACUGUCUGCAUGAUUUUACAUUUAUCCACUCGAAAUUCCUUGCUCCCCUGCCACCAAGCCUGUCGGAAUUCAUGUGCUCUUUGAGAUUGGUCUUCCCUAAUAUACUCGAUGUGAACCAUCUAUGCAAAGAAGUUGGGCCUUUGAGAAAAGCAAAGAAUCUGCCAGCUACUCUUAGUUACUUGAAGAGGCAGUUCUUUGUGCCCAUAGAAUUUGAAAUCCCUCAUCAAGCUGAUGUGAAAACUGAGAAAGAUCACGGACACAAUGUCCUCAGAAUUACAACCUUAUUUUCCAAGCUCUACAAUUUGCUAAAAUUAUCUUCUGAGCGUCAAGAGCCAUAUGAAGAGCAGCAUAGGUCAAUUGAAGAUUACACAAAUAUCUUUCAUCCUACUUACACUAGUUUCCAAGAGUCUGGGGACAAUGAGAAUGUCAUUCUCUCAAUGAAUAAAAACAGGAGGAAAGUGAGCACCGAUAACAUAGUUUUCUUGUGGGGUUUUGGCGAUAGAAUUAGUGCUUCUGAGUUAAAAUCCCACCUCAAGGGAAUCCAUCCUGUGUUCUCUGAAGACUUUGACUUGCGACUUGUAGAUAAAGCAUGUUCAGUUAUUGUUUUUUGGAGCUCAGGUGCUGCUCAAGCUUUACUCAAAGUGAUGGAAUCAGGAGAAAUGAUCUCCAUUGAUCUAAAAUUAGCAGGAUACGAAGCUUACAAGAAAGUUUGCAAGUCGGGGCUUUGGGAGGCAGGCUUGGCCAAUUCUUUGGAGGCUGCCUUGGCUGAGACUGAACUUGAGUGUGAUCUUUCUGCAUCUUCUGCCAAGGAUUCCUCGGAUAUCUAUUGGAACAGUGAACUGAUGAUUGAUCUUGAUAAUCUUUGAGAGGAGUCCCACUAGUUUGAGCAUUCAUUGUAGCUGAAGAAGCACCUGAUGGUUUUGCACAGAGGGAAAUGAUGUCCUAUUGGAACUACAACAUCAUGACCUAGUUAAAGAGAUUCAAAUUAUGGUAUUUUAGUUUUUGAGCAAAUCCGAACUCUUGCCCUUGUUACUGGCGUGUAAGGUUACCAAACUUCCUCUUUUGCUCGAAGGGCACGCACUUGAUGAUUUUGUACAUUAUGGCUGAAAAUGCAUCAUUAGGAAACUGUUUGGUUUGCUAAAAAGUGGAAUGCAAAUUUUGUUGUAUGUAGCAUUUUUUGCGAGUAGAUGGUGUUAAAACUUAAAGAAAACUUUGUUGUUUA